AUGUUGACGAAGCCACCGCUUCCGUCAUUUCGAAGGAUGGGAGUACCACGUGUAAUACCACGUAGACUUCACCUGCCAUUCUUUAUCCUCCGAGGUUCUAGCUUAGUACCCGCCAGCUAUGGCGUUUUUUCAUGUAUCUUAUCUGCGAGUUAUGUUAACAAACGUGAUGCAAGCAACAUUUUAGAGUUGAGAAGCACCGAGUUGGACUAUUGGUUGGGUGCCAUGUGGUGCCUUUUAGCCGGUCUUUGGAGUUAUUGGCUCGCAGAUGGUCUCAUGAAUCGAUGGCUCUUUUAUUAUGAAGUCGGCAGCACAAUAUUCCGUUUAAUUUCUUUACAGGCUAUUAAUUGGGUUAUUACAGCCUUCGUGAUAACACAUUAUGGUCCAGAUGAGCCAAUUUGGUCAUGGAUGUUUUGUAGCGUUGUUUUAGCCAUAUGCGAUGUGAUUCAGUGGCUUUUUACCUCAACCACGAAAUUUCAGAAGGAUGAAGAUCCAGGAAAAAUAAGACAAUUAAUUUGGAAGGAAAUAUAUCGUUAUAUAUUCAUACCUCUUGCAAUAUUUACAUUUAUUACAAUGAUUUGUCUUCUUGAAGAACAAUCAAGAUUCCGUUAUAAUCCUAUCGAGCAUACAAAAUCCUACAAAUUAAAUACUAAUCUGUCCCUAAGUGAAAUACGUCCAGAUUCAAAUGUCAAAGUAAUAAUGAUCGUACUAUCAUCGUGGACUGAAAGUGGAUACAGGAAAAGACAAACCUUUCGUGAUACAAGCGUAAAAUUAAUUCCUCAAAGUUCAAAAAACAUUUCAAUAACCUAUCGCUUCGUUCUAGGUGAUGCCCCAUCAGCAAAAUUGCAAUUGAGCAUGGCUCAUAAGCUCCUUGAUGAAUCAAAAAGACAUGGUGAUCUCGUCAUUGUACCCACAUCGGAUCAUGAUGAUGACCUAAGCCACAAGGUCUAUAAAGGAUUUGAGUGGUCCAAUCAAUAUUCCUUUGAUUACAUCGUGAAAACUGAUGAUGAUAUAUUUGUACGUAUGGAUAUCAUAGCUCGUGAAUUGGAAGAAUCAGGACCCGAUAAAAAAUAUUACUGGAGAGGCCUUGGAUAUUGGAACGAUGGUCAAAAUCUAGGUAUAUGGCUUUUUCCUUAUAAUAUUAGACCAAUUCAUGAUCGACGUAUUCAACAAGUUGAUGCUUGUGAGGAUGACUUGAUCGCUAAACAUUUUAGUGAUCAAUUUGAGGAAGAUCAAAGUAUGAAAGACAUGUAUGAGAACGUUAUUAAUCACAAAAGGAUGUGUGAAGGAUUUAGACAACGCUUUUGUGCGUCGUGCUAUCCCUGUUGGGGAAGAGAAGAUCAUUGGAAGGAUUCGAAUUUUGAUUGUGAUGAUACGAAAGGCAUCACUUUGCUUAAUCAAACGCAUUUAAUCCUCGAUAAUUCGGUAGCCGUAUUUGAUGAUCCCAUCAAUGUUACAAUUGGAAGUAUGGAAGAUGAGUGGAUUAUUCCGAAUCUCCUCUCACAACAUUCUUCAGUUUAUUCUCAAACAAAUCUGUGGUAUUUAUUACAUUGGGUAUGUUGGACGACGGACCAAAUGACUUUCCUAGAACGUCAUUACAAGACCAUAGAGCUCAUUUGGAUUCAUACGCCUAAAGCUAUAAUUUUCGUCCUCACGACAACUUUACCACGUGAUUUUUUUUCUGAAUACCAAAAGCAAGGUUAUCAAAUCCACGUGAUCAACCUCGACAAGGAAUCGUUAUUGGAACGACAAUGGUUCCUUGGUCAGAAUUCCAAAAACUGGCUACGUGAUUGGAGUAUGUGGGAAACUAAUAAAUUCUUCACCGAUCAUCUUACUGAUUAUAUGCGAUAUUUGUUGUUGUAUAAAUAUGGAGGCAUGUUUAUGGAUAUGGACGUUCUUUGGAUACGUGCCCCUUCCGACACAAACAUUGAAUUCGUUGGAUCGGAUGUUUCAAAUGUUCCUUCAGACAUUGAAUGGACGUUGGACGCGGACGGCACAUACGUUGCACCUGGAGUUAUGCGAUUCCGAAAAGGCAGGUCCAUGUUUAGAGAGAUAAUGGAACGAUCUUUUUCUCCAACUUAUUCACCGUCAUGUUUUAAUUGUGUUGGACAUCGAGCAAUAACAAUGUACGUUAAAGAACAUCGUAAAAUUCUUGAGAGACAUGGAUUCACCAUAUUGCCUAGUCGGAUCCUUUAUCCAAGAAAUGAUGAUCACGUUGGCGAACUUUUCAGACCGGAUCAUACUGCUCAAGAAGGGCUUUUGAGAAUCGAAAAUUUUUCAUGGAGCAUAAAAUUAUUUGGCAAAAUGACGAAUAAUCAAUUGAUCGAAAAUGAUAGUUUAAUUAGCUUAGUAAUGAAUAAAUUUUCUUUAGACAUUCCCCAUUCAUCAGCUCCAUUAAAAUCGGGUGGAGAACCGGAUUUAAAGAAUCGGGUAUCAUCAUAUCCAUUUCUCUUGGAAGGACCAAAGAAAUACCGGUUCGUAUCUCCAACUAUAUCGCAAGGAGUGGAUCAAUAUGCAGGAUCUAUAAAUGGACAAUUUCAAGGGCUAAAUAUUAUUUUCAUACGCGGUGGACCUGGUACAGUAGAUCAGGCAACGAUAAGAGUAAAGAGUUUGAAUGGAAAGUGCUCUUUUAAUUUACUAGGUGGGGAAUGGAGCGAAACAUCUGUGACAAUUCAUAAUACAACAAAAAAAGACGUUAACGAUAUACUGAAUGCUUUAGUAUAUCGUCCAAACGAAGUAGGUGGAAAGGAUAACAUUAGUUUAGAAAUUGUAUAUGGAGAAGAUAAAGCUGAAUUAACGAUUGAUAUUGAAAUUCUCGUUUCGCAAGAAUAUAGAUAG